GGCCAACAGGACCCCCUGGAGAAAGGGGACCCAUGGGGCCGACUGGCCCUGUGUCUACCGGGCCUCCUGGGCCUCCAGGACCCGUUGGGCCGCCUGGUCCUGUCGUACCGCCCAAGUGCAAUGAAGAAUCUUGUCCCGAAGGCUUCUGGAAUGGGAACGGAGUCUGCUACAAGAUGUUCCACUCCCCUUUGGUCUUCAGCGAAGCGGCCACGACCUGUCGUCUUCACGGCGGUACCCUCGCCAUGCCCCGAGACCCAAUGUCCAACCUCCUGAUCAGAGGGGGACAGAGUCACCAAUUCUGGAUCGGGCUGAACGACCGGCGUGUAGAUGGGUUCUUCGAGUGGAUAGAUGGCACUCCUCUCGGGAGCUACAGCUUUUGGGGUCCGGGACAGCCGGAUGACAGAAAUCAUGAAGACUGUGUCGAAUUUCGUUACUUCAAUAAGAAAGGAGAGAGCUAUUGGAACGAUAUGCCAUGCGACUACAGCCUACCCUUCAUGUGCCAAGUCAUUCCAGGACAAACCUAGGCGGCAGACAGAACAG